AUGAACAAGCUACGAAUAUUGAUUGAGCAGCGAGUACCUAUCAAGAACAUCCAUAUACCAAAUGAACUAACCAGUUACGCUUCACAAUUGGAGCUCGUUGAUUUUGUUAAACCACAAAUUGAAAAUAAUCCCUUUUACUUUAGGAAGCUCCUCUCAAAGUAUAUUAACGAGAUUGAGGAGUUGAACGAAGAGACUUCUGACGAGCUUUACGAGUUAUACGUGGAUGAAAAAAUUCUCAAUGCAAAAGAGUUACCACCAGAUGUUCCAGAUAUGAUCAAGUAUCAUAUUAGUGGCUUCAAUACAGACUCUUUUGGUGAUGAUGAUGUGGUAGUGAUGAAGGAGAUGCCAAAAUUAAUAUCUGGGAACAAUACAACGGGCUUACGUACAUGGGAGGCAGCUUUAUACUUAUCGAAUAUUCUCAAUGUCCAUGAGGCAUGCUCUAAAAUUUUGCCUUUUGAUUUGACAGACAAAACUGUUGUUGAGCUCGGAUGUGGUACGGGACUACUAGGACUCUCAUUAGCAAAGCAUCACCAUAAAAGGUUAUCACCUUUGAAAAGGGUUAUUAUGACUGACGGUUCAGGUACAGUAUUUGACAACAUAAAUGAGACGUUGAGGAGCAAUAGUCUACAAGAUUUAAAAGUGCUUCAAUUUCAGCAACUUAUUUGGGGUGAGCCUUUGACGAUUGAGGGCAGCGUGGAAGUUAUUGUCGCUGCUGAUAUAACGUACGAUCUGAGAAUACUAGAACCACUAUGUCGAACCAUAGAUGACUUCUUCAACCUAAAACUGCUACAAUGCGCAGUAAUCGCUGCAACAGUGAGAAACAUAGACACAAUCAAUUUAUGGGAAAAAGAGCUAGAAAAGUGGUUCCCCAAAAGAUGGGGUAUUGCUAUUCGAGAAGGGAGUCUAGGCAAAAUUGAGGCAAAUUGUUAUUUUGAUGCAAAUACUCCGGAGAUACGUGUAUAUACUAUAAAGUGA